GAAACACAAGGAUGAUAAUCAUGAAUGGAUUAAUGAGGUUGCCAAGAAAAAAUAUGAGAAGAUGGAGGCUGAGAGGAUUGCUCUUAUAGAGAAGUUGUACCGAGAGGCUCUCGAGGGUACUCCACAUGAUUCUAUCAAACUGACUUUGGAAGCAGAGUUUCCAAUAAUGGCUAAGGAGCUUGGGAGGAAGGGUAGGAUGAUCCAUGGCAUUGGUAACGUCCCUCAUAUACAUUCUAACAUACACAAAGUAUCUGCAUGUGCUGGCACUAAUUCUGAGGUACCUGAAUUAUGUGCUCUUAUCAACCAACUUACCAUCAACAUGCUCAGUAUGAAGGAACAAAAUGGACACUUGAAGGCUCAAGUAGAAAGCUUAUUAAGGCAAUCUCCUAGACAGAUGAGUGAGGAUGACUUCCCCCACCCUAGCACCAACUUCUAAGACUUUGCUUUAGUAGUUUGGGUAAGCAUUUGCUGGACUUUAGGUCUGA